AGGUUUAUAAUCCGUAUAUUUGAUCUUUGGUUCGACUGGUUGUGGUUUUGGUUGUUUUAAAGGCCGAAGAAGUGCUUAUGGAGGUGAAUGCGUGGGCAUCAAGUCACACAAAUGGUCUCAUCAAAGAUCUUCUUCCUCGUGGAUCAGUUACAAGCCUAACCAACCGGAUUUAUGGAAGCACAUUGUACUUCAAAGGAGCCUGGCAAGACGAAUUCCACAAGUCAAUGACGAGACACAAACCUUUUUACCUUCUCAAUGGAACAUCAGUGUCUGUGCCAUUCAUGAGUAGCUCUGAAGACCAAUACAUUGAGGCUUAUGAUGGUUUCAAGGUACUCAGGCUUCCUUAUCGACAAGGCCGUGACGAUACCAACCGCAACUUCUCAAUGUAUUUCUAUCUCCCUGACAAGAAAGGGCAAUUGGAUAAACUGUUGGGGAGAAUGACAUCUACUUCUGGAUUCUUGGAUAGUCAUAUUCCGGAAGACAAAGUUAAAGUUGGUAAAUUCAGAAUUCCAAAGUUUAAGAUCGAAUUUGGGUUUGAAGCUUCAAGUGUUUUCAGUGACUUUGAGCUUGAUGUGUCAUUGUACCAAAAAGCUUUGAUUGAGAUCGAUGAAGAAGGUACUGAAGCUGCUGCUGUAGCAGCUUUUGUUCGAUGCAAAGGCUGCCGUUUUGUGAAGACAUUAGAUUUUGUAGCAGAUCAUCCGUUUGUUUUCUUGAUUAGAGAAAACCAAACCGGAACUGUUUUGUUCGCUGGUCAAAUCUUUGAUCCUUCUGUUUAGGACCGGCCUUAACCGGAUUAGAGUUUGGUAUUUUAAAAUUUGAUUCUCUGUAGUUUAGAUUGUUUUUCUUAAGUUAUGAUUUGCUGA